UUCAGUGUAACAAGCUUGUGAUUUGACAGCUUUGUGUUCUUCCUGCAGGUCCAGCUAAUGAGGAGAACUUCUUUGAGUGGGAGGCUCUGAUCAUGGGCCCUCAAGACACGUGCUUUGAAGGGGGAGUGUUUCCAGCCGUGCUCAGCUUCCCUUCUGAUUACCCUCUGAGUCCUCCAAAGAUGAGGUUCACCUGUGACAUGUUUCACCCCAACAUCUAUCCAGACGGGCGGGUGUGUAUCUCCAUCCUCCAUGCUCCAGGUGAUGACCCGAUGGGAUAUGAGAGCAGUGCUGAGAGGUGGAGUCCAGUCCAGAGUGUGGAGAAGAUCCUGCUGUCUGUGGUCAGCAUGUUGGCAGAGCCUAAUGAUGAAAGUGGAGCCAACGUGGAUGCUUCUAAAAUGUGGCGGGACGACCGAGAACAGUUUUACAGACUCGCCCAGAAGAUCGUACGCAAGUCGCUGGGCCUUUAGAGAUGAUGUCAUCACCCUGCAGCAGCACCCAGCCCUGUGUGUGUUUAUUUUGGAUAUAAAGACUCAGUAGACUCUGUGGAGGUGGAUGAAGACCUCCACCAUGGAAAUGACACGCACACAAACACACAGUGCUGCUGAUCAAUAAACUGAUGAAUGGAUGAAUGGCAGCCAAUCAGGCCUCAUAGAAGUGUGGAUCAAUACAGAGUGUAAAUGUUUUGUAGUUUCUUUGUAAAUUCACUAAAAGAAUUAGAAGAACAGUCUGUCGUGAUCAUGAUGCGGGAGUGUUCACAGUGGCAGCGGACAGGUGUCGGCUGCGCCUUUUCAACGCAGCAUCUCUCUCCUUCACUUUGCACAGAUCAUAACCCACCACAUCAUGUGUUCCCCACAGUUCAGCCCAGGUUGUCGCCUCACAGAGUAUUUGGACCCUCAUUUCCACAUCGGAGAGAUUCUGUCAGUCGUUAGAUCCAGUUGAAUCAGAGAAACCGGAGCCCAACUGGUCCAAAUAAAGAACAGGAUGCCACCUUCAUCUUCUCAUUCAGCUCUCAUGACUUUUUUUCUUUUUUUCCCCUCAGCUCUCAUGACAACAACAUGCCCAUCAUGGAGAUGUUACAAAACAAGGCAGAGGUGAAGAUCAGGGCUGGGAAUAAAGAGUGAUUUACUUUGAAUUUACCAAAUAAUCAUUUUGUCUGUAAAUUGUUAGAACAGUGAAAGAACCAUCACUGACCUUUUAUUGAUUAAUGAAUGAUUAGUGUUGGCUGAUGAAUCGCAGGUCACAGGUCAGCUAAGUGAUACCAGUGUGAAUGACGUGUUUUACUUCCUGUUCUGCUGCCGUCACCCUGAAACUUUCUGAUCCAACCCACUGUUGCUAUGUUUGGCUUCAGACUCUGGGUUGGACUUUGAUGCACUUUACCUCUUCCCACAGGAUGAGUGAGAGCAUCUCUGGCUUGUCCUUUUUAAACCUGAGUGUGGACGUUGUGCUUUCGCUUACAAAGCAGACAGGACGAUGGAGACAGCAGUUUCUGUUGUUUUGUUGACUUAAACAUUAAAGUGAGGACUGAAGAGUGCCCAGUU